UUCUGUUACUGAUUUUUAGUCAUUACGCUGGUAUCGUUCGAUCACAAAUAAGCUCUAUUCGCAUUUUAAUACCUUGAUUUCCGUACUUUAAAUUGAGACAUAAUUGUAAUCGAGUAUUCUCCUCGUGAACAGUUCAACAAAUGCCGGAACAAAGCCAACCUUCAGUUGUCACUCAAAGUGUGGGUGAGACAGAGGAAACUUGUGUGGACUCAGACAUGUUGAUCAAACACCCCCUUCAAAAUCAGUGGACUUUGUGGUUCUUCAAACCAGACAGAGCCAAGGGAUGGGAAGAGAACCAGCGUGAAGUCAUUCACUUUGAUACCAUUGAAGACUUUUGGUCCACGCACAAUCACAUCAAAUCAGCUAGUGAGCUCUCUGCAGGCUGUGAUUACUCAUUGUUCAAAGCUGGAAUCAAGCCCAUGUGGGAGGACCCUAGAAAUAACAACGGUGGCCGGUGGCUCAUCAGUUUGGACAAGAAACAGAGAUCUUCUGAAUUGGACAACUAUUGGCUUGAAGUGAUACUGUGUCUGAUUGGUGAGGCAUUUGAGGAAUCCAGUGAAGACAUUUGUGGAGCUGUGGUCAACAUUCGGCCAAAGGGAGACAAACUAAGUGUUUGGACAGCAGACUGCACUAACCGUGAUGGCAUAAUGAAAAUUGGCCAGAAACUUAAAGAGAGGCUUGGCAUUCAAGUGAAGGGAUCUAUUGUUUAUGAGGCUCACAAUGAUAGCAUGAAAAAGUCUGGAUCUGUUGCUAAGUUCAGAUACACUGUUUAACACUGGUUUCACUAGUAACAGAAUUUACUGUCACUAUAUUCAGCAAUGUUGGUUGAGGUUUGAAUUUCAUACACAGUCAAGAUGCUCCCCUAUGCCUUGAAACAAUAUCCUGUUACUGUAAAAAAAAGAACGAUUAUUCUCCAGGCUGUGGGCAAAAGUAAAACAAAACUGUCCUUUUUGAUUGCAUUUAGAAAGGGCCACUAAAAAAAGAUUUUUUUUUUUUUCUUCUCACUCUUGUUUUAAACGAAGCUAUCGAAUUAUGAUUAAGAAUUUGGUGAGCAUGUUUCCUCCUGUGUCUCAUCUGUUUGGGAAUAUUUAUUCGAGAAGGGUUAUUUUUUUUUCUUUUGUAUGCGGCGGAGAACGCCUAGUAUCCAGUUUUUCUUCUUUGAUUUUUCCUGCUGGUGUACUAAUGAUUCCCGAAAAAAUUGUUUGUCGUUUUCUUGUGGUGAGGUGAUGUUCACAGCGUAUGUAUGAUUUUGUGUUUUUUUCUUAUUGCUCUUUUCUCUUAUGACCAAUUUAACCUAGCAUUCGUUCACCACCAACCAGCCCUUUCAGUUAGCUAUGAACUAGCAAAACUUCACGCGUCCACUGUGACGAAACCACUCCUCCAUCAAUCUUUGUUUAGUUUUUUUUAUCCUCUCAACUUGUCUGUUGAUUGUAACCCUUACUAGUUCUCUCGUUUCUUUGGUUUCUCGUCACUGCAAUACAUUAUUGCAUUUGGAAA